AUGCAGCGCAUGCAGAGAAUCACGGGCCGCUUCUUGACGCGCACGCCCAAUGAGGCCGACGUCGAGGCCAUGCUCAAGGACUUUGAAGACUCCAAGGUCAUGUUGGAAAAGCUUGAAGCCUCCGCAAAGCAAUGGAGAGACGCCUGGACAAACAUUCUCAACCACCAGCUGUCCUCGGUCGAGCAGCUCUACACCAUCUUCAAGCCUCUCGGCGGCGAAGGCGGCUCCAGCACACAUGUCCAUGUCGAAACUCCGGCUGAUGUCUUGGAGCGCGUCCACGGCCUCCAUGAAGCCUUCUCCGAACUCAAGACGGACAUGAUGGAAGAGGUCAAGGACAUUGACAGGAAACUUGUCGUGCCUGCUAAGCUUGCCCGUGAUGCCUUGAAGCCCAUGGAGAAGGCCAUCAAGAAGCGCGAAGACGCAAAGGUCGAUUACGAACGCUACAAGAGCCGCUGCGAAACCCUACAGAACAAAAAGACACGUUCUGAGCGCGAGAACAGUGCGCUUGCUAAACACGAAGUCGACCUCGAGCGCUCUACCCAUGCCUACCACCUCGCUGACGAGAAUCUCCGUGAGCGUCUCCCGCGCCUCAAUGCUGCCACCUUUUCCAUCCUACCCCACCUUCUCGCCAACCAGAUUGUGUUACAAAAUAACCUGAUUGGAAACUUGUACACUGUACUACAUCAAUACUCGAACGAGCAAGGCUACCCGGACCCCCCGCCUGAGCCCGAAGAGGUAAUACCCGUAUGGGACGCAAGCUUUACACCACUGCGCACAGAGAUGGAGACAAACUUUGGCUUGCUCAAGUCAGGAAAAGCAGUUCACAUGCCUAUGCGAUUGCCAGACAAGGGAGACACUGUGACCGGUCUGGGAAUUAGGAACAAGGUGCUGCCCAGCCGGAGAGCUAGUAGCAAUGACAGCAUACCUACAAUCAGCAGCGCCGGGAGACCGGCGCGGCCCCCACCUUCUCUGUCUUCAACAUCGGAAGGCGCUCCUCCACCCAUCAGCCUAGCCAGCAAACCUUCAUACAGUUCGCUCAGUGCUACAAAACCCAAAAUCUCUGGCUCGCCCCAUCUGAGCGCUGGCGGGGACAUGUACGGCCGGCGUCUGUCAUCUACAUCCCAGGCUUCCUCGUAUUCGAAUGGCACCAAUGGUGAUGGUUACUUCAAUAAGAUCCCGUCAGCCGCUUCCAAUGGCUCAACUCCAGGUGGAUACCCAACCUCGCCGAAUCCUGCGGCUGGAAAGAAGAAGCCGCCGCCACCUCCGCCAAAGAAGAUAGGCUCUUUCCAGUCCGAGUACGUGACGGCCAUGUACGACUUCGAUAGCCUUACACCUGGUGAUUUGUCGUUUAGGGAAGGUGACCGGAUUAGAGUCAUCAAGAAGACGCAGAGCUCACAGGACUGGUGGGAGGGCGAGGUUCAUGGGCAGAAGGGCAGCUUCCCUGCAAACUACUGCAAAUAA